CCUAGUAGUAGAUCUACUGCCUAGGAGUACUGGGGUGUAGGAUUCACGCCAACGCCACGGCGAGAUCAAGUGGCGAACUGUGAUGAUUACAGGCGCAGAAACAAGCUAGCUGGAUACGACUGUCACUUGUCAGAAAGUUGAGGAAGUCACGAGCUCUCUCUACUCGACUCACUCUAGUCUAGCUCUAGCUCUCCCAUUCGGCUGCUACUGGCAGCACAGCACAGUCUCGUCGUAUCGCGGAAGCGCGGACUGCCGAUUAUGUCUCGAGCCCGUCAUCAAUUGUCGCCACGCAAUGGCUGUAACAGCGCAGUCGAAUUACUUGUCGAUCAGCAGAACCUGGAUUCAGCCGAUGUGUUCAUGGAGGACGACUCGUGCAAGUCGCUCCAGCGUCCGCUGGCGGAAACACAUUCCGAGUCGGCUCGCUCCUUGGCCAGUACGAUGUCGAUCCCCGUUGCGCCUGCUAGCGAAAUGGAUUGCGGAGCAUCAGUUGGUCCAGAUAGCGGAUUCGAGUCGAACACCGGCACCGGAUCGUCGUUGUCGCAUCUGGUUACCGGAAGGAGCGAUGCGUCCAGUGGCUUGAUCGAGGCCGGCAUCGAGCAGUACCUGAGAGGAGAUCUCUACACGGCCACGCUGUUGCUGAGCGAGGCGGCUGGACAGCAGACGAACCACUCGCUGGAGGUGGAGUACGGCGUGGAUGACUGGUCGUCAGGAAUAGCUCUGGAUAGCCAGCGAAUCCCAUCCUGGAUGAGCGGGGACCUGUCAAGUGAUUCAGUGAUCCUGGAAGUGUACAAUCGGAGGCUGCAGCAAGCAUUGAAGCUCAUCGAGGCCGUGCCAUCCGUAGACAAGAACUAUCUUGUAUGCGGUAGUGUCUGCUGUGUGCUAAAUCAAUGGGAUGAUGCUAGGGAGUUCUAUCGACAAGGACUAGCGGCAUGCUCGGAGAAGAGCCGACUGCGAGCGGCCCUGGGCUCUCUGAACAGCAUCGAGCGUCAUGUGCGCCACGCCGUGGAGAGAGUGGAAGUGGAGAGCCUAAGCAAGCCAGCGCUGGCAAGGUCUGCGUUGACGCGCUCCACGCGAGCAGGAUCAGACUUGACGCCAGUGCCCAAACCGGGAGGGCAGGGUCCGCGAAGGAAAACAUUCGCUGGUACAAGCCGCUCAGACUCCAUAGCGUCGACGACAAGCGCCAGCGACACCAAAGGCGGCAGUGGCAAAAGCAGACGAUUACAGAGUAUCAUGCAGCGCUUUGGCUACAAGCGCAACAGCCAGUCAGUUCCGGAGGAAGAAAUACCAGAGUGACAUCAUUGCCAGUACCAGAGGGACAUUGCCGACGAGUGGAUGCGGCAGACACCCCGCAGGCGGGCAUUCCUCCUCGCCUGCAAGGCCACUAGUUCUUUGGCGGGGUUGCAUGUACAUGUAGAGACGUUGAGCAGUGCUACAUGCGGCAUUCUGCAGGUAGCAUGAUGGUGAUGAUGCUGCACCAAGCUACGAAUUGGUCACCACCAGGAUGCUGUGUAUGUGAGGUCUUUAUUACAGUAACUCCACUUACCACUGUCUACGGGCUACCUUUGCCCAGGAUGCUAUGAUGAGGCCGGUCAGUAUUGAUGCCAACAGUAAUAACCUUCUAUAGUGCAAAGCUACUCACAUCUUUUAAUCUCAAUCUUGCUAGGAAGGCACGCUGAUGCCAUGGUUGGUGGCCACCACGCGAGCAUUAUCCUUUCUGUUUAUUUACAUUAUUUGAAUUGAUAUUUGUUGAGAGUUCUCUAAAGCAGACCUUCAGUGAUAUUGGAUUGUCAUGCAAGUGAUAUGUGCGUCAUUAUUUUUUAUUCUUUCCGUUCUGAAAUAACAAUAGAUGGGUCAACAGGAACCAGCCCCAGUUUGAGAGUGCAGACAGCACUUCUGCUCUUAUGUAGUAUUAUUAGUGGCAGCUUCCGAGCAAGCCGUCUCAGUUAUCACUCUUCAACAUUUGCUCCACCAGCUGGUAGCAGCUCGAUGUCCCGAAGUGAUUAUGUGCUCAUGCGUUUCUGAAUACCAAUGAUGUUGAUUA